AUGUCGAACACGCAAACAAAAAAACGGAAAAUUGUUGAUGAACACAGAAAUUUCCAAGAAAGAUGGAAAUUCGAUUAUUUUUUCACUAUCGUUAAGGAUAAGGCUGUAUGCUUAUUAUGUUCGGAGACCGUGGCAGUAUUGAAAGAAUACAACAUAAAAAGGCACUACAAAACAAAACAUGAAGAUAAAUAUAAAAAUUUAACAGGACAGCUCCGGAUAGAUAAGGUGAAUCAAGAGGAAAAAAACUUAAAAAAACAACAUUCUAUUUUUAAAAAUCAAGAGAUCUCAUCACAUACAGCUGUAAAAGCUAGUUUUGUGAUCAGCCAAAUACUGGCAAAAAAAAUGAAACCUUUUGCGGAUGGUGAUAUGGUAAAAGAUUGUCUGACAGCUGUUGCAGAAAUAGCUUUCCCUGAUAAACUUAAUAUUAUCUCAAAUAUUAGUUUAUCCAGGUUCACAGUUGCAAAAAGAAUUGAUGACUUAUCGGAGAAUAUAGCAGCAACACUUCGUGAGCGCAUUGCUCAAUUUGAGUAUUGUUCUUUGGCGCUGGAUGAAAGUUGCGACAUUAGCGAUACAGCCCAACUUGCAAUAUUCAUACGUGGAGUUGACACCAAUUUUAAUAUUACUGAAGAACUGUGUUCGCUGGUACCAAUGCGAGGGGCUACAACCGGAAAAGACCUCUAUGAAAAACUAAAGUCUGUCUUGGAAAAUUUUUCAAUUUCACUAAAAAAAAUUGUCAGUGUAUCAACAGAUGGGGCACCAGCAAUGUCCAGUAUGAAUGUAGCGGGAAGGCUUUUUCAAGAUAUUAAGGAUGCCACAGGUGAAGAAAUCUUCAUUAACCACUGCAUGAUACACCAAGAAAGUUUGUGUGCAAAAAAAUUAACUUUACCCCAUGUCACGAUCCCAGUAAUAAAAUUGAUAAAUUUUAUAAAGUCACGAGGGCUGAAUCACCGUGAGUUCAAAGAAUUUCUCAAUAAUUUGGAAAGUGAAUAUGGUGAUGUAAUUUUUAAUACUGAGGUACGCUGGCUGAGUAGAACUGCAAUGUUGAAAAGAGUGUAUGACCUUAAAACCGAAAUAGAGUUGUUCGCGGAGAAGAAGGAAUAUGCCUUUCCUCAUUUUCAUGAUAAAGAAUGGAUGUGCGACUUUGCAUUUCUUAUCGACAUAACGCAGCAUCUGAACCAUCUCAAUGUGGAACUUCAAGGCAAAGGACAAUUUAUACACAAUUUUUAUGACAAAAUACAAUGCUUUGAAUGCAAAUUGAAAUUGUGGAGAAAACAUCUGUUGCAAAAUAAUGUGUCUCAUUUUCCUUAUUUGGAAAAGGAAAAUGCGAACAAUACUCAAAAAUAUAUUCAAUAUGUAGACAUAUUGAUCAACGAGUUUCAAUUGAGGUUCUUCAAAAUGUUGAGAACUGAGAAAAUAGCUAUGUCAAUAAAAAUGUUUUCUUCCCCCUUCAACAUUGAUGUUGACGAAGUACAAGCGAACUGCCAAAUGGAAAUAAUCAAUUUGCAGAAUAAUUCCGAAAUGAAAAAUGUAUUUUUCUCCGUGAACAUCGAAAAUUUCUAUAAAUUUCAUAUAAGCUCUGAGAAAUUUCCGUGUCUGAAGAAAAAUGCAAUGAAAAUGAUGUCGCUAUUUGGUAGUACUUAUGUGUGCGAACAAUUAUUUUCAACUAUGAAAUUCGUAAAGAAUGACCACCGAUCAAAUCUAGGUGAUACUCGAUUAGAAAGCUGCUUACGUGUUGCUACUUCAUCGAUACCGGCUGAUAUUGAUCAGAUUGUAUCAAAGAAGCAGUGCCAAAUUUCCCAUUAG